CACCGAUAGUAAAGGAUAACCAAGAACCGAAAAACAAUCAAAUCCAAUAUUUCUUGGCUAUAGGAUUUGCAUUUGUUAUUUUAUUUGUUUUGAGUCUGGUUUGCAGCCUGUUUAAAAUAAGAUCAAAUCUAUUAAAGAAAAGAAGGACGGAAUUAAUGCGUCUUCCCCCGAUACCGAGGUUAGACGAUCCCCAGUGCGAACCAUGUGUUUCCCAUUCAGAUGCUUUGUACACAGAUCCUGAUUACAUUAGCUUAGGAGAUGAAAGCGAUAAGUAUGAAUAUCUGCAGGACCCAGAGGAAGGGAAACGCACAGAAAGCCUCACAUCAUCUAGUAGUGGAGGGAAUAGAACACGAAACCUUACAAGACGAGAAGACGAAGAGUCAUACGUAGACCAAAACGAUGGAGACAGAAUAUACUUAGGUGUAAUGCACGCCAACAACAACCCAAAUGAUGAAUGCGUUGAUCACCCAUACCUGGGUUUGGUGCAUGAGACAAACACCAUUAACGAUGGGGAGAAGGAGGAGACUAAUCUUUGAAUGCAGAAUGAUUCACGAAGAUACUUUAUAAAGGUUUCUGAAACAACCUUAUUUGAAACCUUGAAAUUUAUUUUCAUUUAUUGGAUAUGAGUAUUUGAAGAAUAACCUUAUUACUUAUUAACU